CUUAAUCCGCGGCACUUUCUUCCCAUUCCUCCUCCAGCUCCUUAAGUGUUUUGGGGACACUCCAUUAUAUCUUGAUCAACUAGUCUUCAUGACCUGUUAAUUCGACCUCCCUCUCCUCAUCUUACUACUUCGCUGCGGGGUCAGGAAACCUCCGCGCUUAAAUAUGCGCUGGACGACUUACCUCCUAGCUGCGGCUGCAGCCGUGAGGACCGAGGCUUCUUCGUUGCACCCACCAGUUUUGCCUCUCUUUAUUCGGAAUCCUUACUUGAGCACUUGGUUGGGCAGAGCCAGAGGGGAUCCCUGGGAUCGCUGGCCGAUAUUCUGGACUGGGCAGGAGAUCGGAUUCUCCGUACUUGCAGCAGUACCAAAGUCCGACACAGUGUUCCCGCUAAUUGGCAGACCCCACGACUCCCUUCCUAAGAAUGGAGAAAGUUUCAAUGUUUCAUACCCAACCUACCUAGGAGCUACCUUCGAUGCUUCGACUACGAAUCUCACAUACAAAAUACCUGCUCCUAGCUACAACAUAGAUCCUGCCGAGAUCACCCUAUCGUUCCUCUCUCCCAUUACUCCAACGUCGACCCUACGACAAGCCAUACCUGCUUCAUACUUGACAGUACAUGUUACCGGAUCCUUUGAUAUCGAUGUAUACAUUGACCUCAAUGGGUUAUGGGUCAGCGCAAAUAGGGGCAAUGAGAUUGUCUGGGAGCUCAGCGAUACCAAAACUUCUACCUCGAAAGGCUUGAAAACCUGGAAGGUCAAGAGAAGAGUGGAACAAUUACUGACUGAGGAUUGGGAUCGAGGAGAAUGGGGUACAUUGCACUUUACUGGCCCUUCUGAUGUCAACCAUGAGGCCGGGACUUCGGCGCUCUUGAGAAACCGCUUCUCUCGCACAGGAAAGCUGCAAAACACUGUUGAUGGCAACUUCCGCGGAAUCAUGGAUGACGAGCCCGUCUUUGCAUUCUCUAAGUCUUUCAGAUUGAAUGGUACCUCAUCAGCUAGUGGUCUGUCUUACGACAGCGUGCUCUUUACAGUUGCCCAUAUUCAAGAUCCUGUCAUCCAAUUCGCUUCAGCACGCGGCCUCACUUGGAUGAAACCAUUAUGGGCCUCUUACUACCAUACGGCAGAUGAGGUGCUCGAAUGGCAUUAUCAUGAUUUCGACACUGCUUUCAAGCUGGCCAGCAAUUAUUCGCUCCAGCUAGAGGAAGAUGCCCUGAAGUCUGGAUCGGAAGACUACAAGGAUAUUCUGGCAGUCAGUGCACGCCAAGUCUUGGGUGCCACCAGCUUUGCUGGUACACCUGAUGACCCAAUUAUCUUCUUUAAAGAGAUCUCGUCUGAUGGUAAUAUGAAUACCGUUGAUGUUAUUUACCCAGCCUUUCCAUUCUUCUUGUACACCAAUCCUAAAUGGUUGGCGUGGCUGCUGGAGCCGCUCAUCGAACAUCAACUCAGUGGUCAAUAUCCAAAUGAUUACAGCAUGCAUGAUCUAGGUGCAAGCUUCCCAAAUGCUACCGGGCACCCAGACGGCCGUGACGAAUACAUGCCUGUGGAGGAAUGUGGAAAUAUGCUCAUCAUGGGUCUUGCGCUGGUCAAUUCAUUGAAAUAUGACACCGAACCCGCUAGUAUUUGGUCUGCUGAAGGAAACCCCAGAUACAUCGAAUCAGAAGGAGGAAAAUUAUCCCUCUACAUUGAUGCUGAUAAGAUGGAUGACACUUUUGGUGGACCAAUCUCAGCAAAGGGAGAAAAGCAAGCUCGUCAGUGGGUAUCGAGAUCAUACAAACUGUGGAAGCAGUGGACCGGAUAUCUUGUCCGGGAAGCCCUGAUUCCAAGCAAUCAACUAUCAACGGACGAUUUCGCUGGCUGGCUAGCAAAUCAAACGAAUCUUGCUUUGAAAGGAAUCAUUGGCAUUCGAGCAAUGUCGGAGAUUUCAGAGCUUGUGGGAGAGACUAAAGAUGCAAAAUACUACCGCAACGUUUCCGAAAGCUACAUCAAGCAGUGGCAGGAAGAGUUUGCUGUCUCUCGAGAUGGGACACAUGCUAAGCUGGCAUACACCUGGUUUGGCAGCUGGACAACGCUCUAUAACCUGUUUGCAGACUCGUUGCUAUGCUUUCAUCUACCAACCUCUACUGUGGACUUGAAUGAUGGCCUUGCACAGAAGCCGAUGGCUACGCAGAAACCUAUCAAAGAUCCAGUCUCGAAGACAGCUUUCGUCGGCGAGAAGAUUUACAAGAUUCAAAGCGAUUGGUAUCACAACGUUCGGCAAAGAUAUGGUUUACCAUUGGACAGCAGACAUUUGUACACGAAGAGCGAUUGGGAAUUCUUUGCCGUUGCUGUUGCAAGCAAGCAGGUUCGGGAAGAGGUAGUUCAAUCAAUCGCGCUUUGGGUAAAUGAGACUUCAACUGAUUCACCACUUACCGACUUAUAUGACACAGAAGGAGACGGCGGGUUCCCUGGAAUUGCAUUCAAAGCUCGUCCUGUGGUUGGGGGUCAUUUCGCCUUCUUGGCAUUGGAGAGAGCAUGUGGUGGAAAAGCGGUACAGGCAUUGAGCUUCCUGGAUUCCGAGCCGCCUAAAGACCUCUCUUAUCUCAUGGACGGCAGGAGUGACGAAUUGUGAUGUGGAUAAAUGACUGCUACCGAGAAUCCAGAGAGGCAAGGGUCAUGUUGAUCAUUGAACUUUGCUGGAUUCCGAGCUCCAUCAAGAAAACAAGAUCAUACAGUACUUCGAAAUGAGCUCGACAUCAAUGUAAAUGCAUGAUUCAGCCGC